AUGGCGUCUGCAGCAGAGCGUAAGCCCGAAAUCCACGACAUGGACACCGUCAACAAGAACGAAGCUGGUGACGCUGAGAAGAAGAGCGCUUCCGACGGUGACCUUAACCACACUGAGAACCCGGCCGAUCACGCGAUCACCGCCGCCGACAAAGAACACUACGAAAAGUACGGCACCUACGAUCGCUACGAAAUCACCGAGGAAGACUGCUACGAUGAACUCGGGUUUUGUUUUCCAACAUGGAAAAAAUGGACCAUUCUCAGCAUCGUCUUCAUGGUGCAGGUCAGCAUGAACUUCAACACCUCGCUGUACAGCAACGCCGUCGGGGGUAUCUCUGAGGAGUUCGGCGUCAGCAAGCAGGCAGCGCGUCUGGGUGCAGCUAUCUUCCUCAUCACGUACGCGUUCGGCUGUGAGCUUUGGGCUCCCUGGAGUGAAGAGCUAGGACGAUGGCCUAUCCUCCAGCUCAGUCUCUUCUUUGUCAACAUCUGGCAAAUUCCCGUGGGCAUUGCGCCCAACUUCGGUACCAUCCUUGGAUUCCGUGCACUCGGCGGUCUCUCUACUGCAGGUGGUUCAGUCACUCUCGCCAUGGUCGCGGACAUGUGGGAACCUGACAACCAACAAUACGCCGUUGCGUUCAUCGUCUUUUCCUCCGUCGGCGGCUCGGUCCUCGGACCCAUCGCGGGUGGCUUCGUCGAACAAUUCCUCGCGUGGAGGUGGAACAUCUGGAUUCAGUUGAUCUUCGGUGGAGCCGUCCAAAUCGCCCACGCCAUCUUCGUCCCCGAAACCCGUACCACCGUCCUCAUGGACCGGAUCGCUAAGAAGCGCCGCACAGAAGGCGAGAAGAACGGCAAGCCCGAAAACAUCUGGGGACCCAACGAGCUCAAGACGUUCAAGGAACGUUUCAGUGUCCACGAGAUUCUCGUUACCUGGAUCCGUCCCUUCCGCAUGUUCGUCACGGAACCCAUCGUGCUCGUUCUCUCCCUGCUCUCUGGUUUCUCCGAUGCCAUCAUCUUCAUGUUCCUGCAGUCAUACGCACUCGUAUACGAGCAAUGGAACUUCUCCGCCUACGCUAUUGGACUGACCUUCAUCGCUAUCGGUAUCGGCUACUUUAUCGCGUGGUUCUCGUUCUUCCCGGCUAUUAAGCGCAACGAGCGCCUCCGUCGCGACCACCCCGAUGACGAGAGGUCUCAAUACGAGGCGCGUCUCUGGUGGUUGCUGUAUACCGCGCCAUGCCUUCCUAUCGGUCUCAUCAUCUUCGCUUGGACAAGCACUGGCCCACCAAUCCACUGGAUAGGAUCUCUGAUCGGAUCAGCAAUCAUUGGUAUCGCCAACUACGCCAUUUACAUGGCAACCAUCGACUACAUGAUCUGCGCGUACGGUCCUUACUCAGCCUCCGCGACUGGUGGUAACGGCUGGGCUCGUGACUUCCUCGCUGGUGUUCUCACGCUCCCCGCCACGCCUUUCUUCUCCAACAUUGGCGGAGAAAACCAUCUCGCGUACGCGUCCACGAUCCUCUUUGCUAUAUCUCUUCUUCUCGUAGUUUCGGUCUACGUCAUCUACUGGAAGGGUCCUGAACUCAGGAAGCGCAGUCCCUUCGCACAGCAACUUAGUGCUGCUCGUGACGAGACUGGUGGCCGCCGUGUUAGCAGUCUUCCAGGCAUGUACGGCUCUCGCGCAAACUCAUUCGCGCAGCAGGGCGGCUCGAUGCCCAACUCUCGCAGGGGUAGUGUGGUGCGCGGUGUUCCGGGUGGCGAGAACAGGUACGCGAUGCACCGCAGGCAGAGUGCGCGCAGCGCCGGAGGUGCUUGA